AGAGGUAGCAGUUCCACAUGCCAAAAUUGAAAGAGGGAGUGCUGUUCCAGAAUCGUUUUGUAGAGUGUGUCUAUGUUUUUUAGGAUUGUGGCCCAUUUUUACAUAGCAGUAUGACUUCAAAGGGGGGUGGUACAGCCUUGACCCGACGGAAUUAUCGCCUGGCAUCAGAUACAGAUAAACCCAAAGUCCCAGGUAUUGUGAACGAGAAGUUACUCAGUGACUACCUUCACCAUGUAUUUCCUGCAUCUAGUAAGCAAGGACCAGCAACAGCAACCUACAGAAAACCCUUGACGUUCCAGGAUCUUGGAGCUCAUCUGGAGAAACUGCUGUCUGUAGAUGAACCUACUGAGGACAGUACAGAGGGGCGUCUUGGACCCUCUCCGGUCGUCCUAGAUCAUACCAGUGGAUUUGAAGGUCUCUUAUUCGUAGAUGAUGAUCUCUUAGGGGUUAUCGGGCAUAGCAAUUUUAGCUCAAUAAGGGCUACAACCUGUGUAUUUAAAGGGAAAUGGGUGUACGAGGUGCUCAUCUCGUCUCAAGGUCUGAUGCAGAUAGGCUGGUGCACACUGAACUGCAGAUUCAACCAGGAGGAGGGAGUUGGAGACACGCCUGACUCGUAUGCGUAUGAUGGUAAUAGAGUCCGAAAAUGGAACGUAACAACCACCAACUAUGGAAAGUCCUGGGCUGCAGGAGACAUUGUGAGCUGUAUGAUAGAUCUCGAUGAAGGAACAAUUACCUUUUGUUUGAAUGGACAGUCAUUGGGUACGGCUUUCAGUGAUAUCAAAAUGGGCCCAGGCAUCGCUUACUUCCCCGCUAUCAGUCUUUCAUUUAAAGAGUCUGUGGCCUUUAACUUCGGCAGCCGUCCUCUCCGAUACCCUGUGGAGGGAUACCGUCCUCUUCAGGAUCCACCAACUGCAGACCUCAUCAAAGCAAACAGGCUUCUGGGAUACAUUAAGACCGUCAUGGUCACCAGCAUAGACACACAGGAGGAGAAACUCGUCGAGAGGGAUGCUUCAUCUUGGCAGCUUCAAGGAGAACCCACUGUCCUGGUCACCCUGGCACAUAUCUUCAAUUACUUUGCUCCUUUGAUGUGUAAAGUCUACCUGGUGGAAGAUGUCCUAAUGAGCUUCCUGUUGGGUAUUCUGGAGGGAGGAGGCUCGGUGGAUGAGCAUCCGCUGAUCCAGCAGCUUCUCGAGCUCUUCUGGCUCCUCAUGGAGGACUUUGAGGUGAACGAGUGCCUGAAGCAGUUAAUGAUGUCCUUGCUGAGAGCAUACCGCUUUUCACCCAUCAUUCCUGACCUAGGUUUCCAGAUUCACUACCUGCGUUUGACGACUGCCAUUCUGCGUCACGAGAAGUCCAGAAAAUACCUCCUCAGCAAUGUCCUGUUCGAUGUGCUGCGCUCUGUAGUGUUCUUCUACAUUAAGACUCCUCUGCGAGUGAAGGAAGCCGGCCUGGAGGAGCUCAUCCCCACCACUUGGUGGCCAGCCCACUUUGACAAAGAGGGUAAGGAUGAGAGGGACCUGAAAAGCGAGAGUGCUGACGAGAGACUCAGACGUCGAGCAUAUGAACGAGGCUGCCAGAGACUCAGAAAGAGAAUUGAGGUGGUGGAGGAGAUGCAGGUUCAGAUCCUGAGGCUGAUGCUGAAUAACAAGGACAAAGGGACGGGAGAAGCCUCCCGAUACAUUUUCCUCAACAAAUUUCGCAAGUUUCUGCAGGAAAAUGCAAGCAAUCGAGGGAACCCUACAGUGUUGUGCCCUCCGGAGUACAUGGUCUGCUUCAUGCACCGGCUCAUUACAGCGAUCAGGACCUACUGGGAUGAGGAGAGGCGUAAACGACUGGGUGCUAUUAGCAGUGAAGAAGCCUAUGUGCCUCCUCAGCUCUUUUACAAUGGAAAGGUGGACUACUUUGACCUGCAGCGACUUGGAGGACUUCUGUCUCACUUAAAGAAAACUCUAAAAGAUGACCUGGCAGCCAAAGCCAACAUUAUUAUCGAUCCUUCAGAGAUCCAGGCUGCGUCUAUGGAUGAUCUGGAUGAGGACGAUGAGACCGGAGCCGCCCAGAGACCGUCCGCUGCAGCCGCGAUGAGUGGCGCUUUGGCCAGACCGAGCUGGUUGAGUUCUCCCACUUUGGGUCGAGCCAAUCGGUUCCUUAGUACAGCCGCUGUCAGCCUCAUGACCCCCCGUCGACCUUUGGCGCCUCCUGAAAAGAUCAAAGUGCGCACCCUUCCGGUGGAACAGAGGACCGAGGAGGACAUUGAGGGAAGCCAUGGUAACGAUGGGCUGUUGCUGGGGCGACCGAUGGAAGAGCCCGAGCAGCCAAUCACUGAGAAGUCCCUGCUCGAGAUCCUGGACGGGAUUGUGAUGAUGUACAACCUGAGCGUUCAUCAACAACUGGGCAAGAUGGUGGUCGUGUCAGACGAUGUGCAUGAGUACGCUGUGGCCCUGAAAGACACUGAAGAGAAGAUUGUUCGAUGCCCGAAAAGGAGACCGGACAUCCUGGAGGAACUACAGAAGAGCCAGAAGGUGUUUGCUGAGAAGCUCAACCACCUGAGCCGCAGGUUAGCCUGGAUCAACGCCACCAUUUACUCCAAGGAGAAGAUGCUGGACAUUUACUGGCUCCUGCGGGUUUGCAUUCGCACCAUCGAGCGUUCAGACAGCACAGGCUCCUUGUUCGCCUUCACCCCCGAGUUGUACCUCAAUGUGGCCAUGAACAGCUACAGCGCCCUGAAGAAUUACUUCAGCCCCUUCAACAGCAUGGACGAGCUGCCAGGCUACGAGGAAACUCUCACUCAGCUCGCUGCUAUCCUCGCGAAGCAUUUUGCAGACCCGCGCAUCAUUGGCACAGACAUCAAAGACUCGCUGAUGCAGGCGCUGGCCAGCUACGUGUGUUACCCACAAUCCCUUCGAGCCGUGGAGAGAAUCCCUGAGGAUCAGCGUGUUGCUAUGAUGAGGAACCUGUUGGCACCCUAUGAGCAAAGACCAUGGGCACAGACCAAUUGGAUUCUGGUGCGCCUGUGGAGGGGCUGUGGAUUUGGAUACAGGUACACACGGCUCCCUCACCUGCUCAAAACCAAACCAGAGGAUGCCAACCUGCCCAGCCUUCAGAAGCCUUGUCCAUCCCUGCUGCUCCAGAGGCACAUGGCAGAGCUCCUGAGUCAGGACAAAGACAUGGCUGCCAGCUUCCUGAACAGUGUCCUCAACCAGCUGAACUGGGCCUUCUCUGAGUUUAUUGGCAUGAUUCAGGAGAUCCAGCAGGCGGCCGAGCGACCGGAGCGUAACUUUGUGGACACCAGGCAGCUGAAGGUCUGCGCUACAUGUUUCGACCUGUCUGUCAGUCUGCUGCGCGUUCUGGAGAUGACCAUCACUCUGGUCCCGGAGAUCUUCCUUGACUGGAGUCGCCCCUCGGCCGAGCUGCUGCUCCGCCGCCUGGCUCAGCUGCUGAACCAGGUGUUGAAUCGAGUGACGGCUGAGAGGAACCUGUUCGACCGUGUGGUCAACCUUCGCCUUCCAGGGUUGGAGAGUGUGGAUCAUUACCCCAUACUGGUAGCAGUUACUGGAAUUCUGGUGCGUGUCCUGGUGGACUCUGAGAGACAAGGGAUUGCCCGCGCCACCUCGGUGCUGCUGUCUGAUCCAUGUUUCCAGCUUCACUCCAUCCAGCACCUGCUUGGAGAAGGAGAAGCAAGCGCCGGACCCGAUCACAAACACUUCUCACUACGAGCCUAUGCAGACUACAUCAGUACAGAAGAGUCUCAGAAGGUUGAAAAGAUGCUGGCCUUCCUGACUGAGGAGUCCAAACAGGCUGCAGCCACAACAGCACCCACCAGUGAGGACGACCUGUGUCCUAUUUGCUAUGCACACUCCAUAUCGGCCAUCUUCAAACCCUGCUCCCAUAAAUCCUGCAAAGCCUGCAUCAAUCAACAUCUGAUGAAUAAUAAGGACUGCUUUUUCUGCAAGGCCACGAUCACUGGAGUGGAAGACUACAGCAAACCGACGGGCUCUUAGCAUGCCCUUUACACACACAAACACACAUGCACCCACAUGCACACACACACACACAGCCUUUGGGAACUGAAAUAGACGUCACUUACCUCUCCAAAGACUUCACGAACUGUCCAAAAACACACAAACACACAUGCUGGAUACACACUUUCCUCCCAGACACGACCCUGCCAACCACCAACAACCUCAUGAAGUAACAACACCUGCAGAUAAUCAUUCAUCAGGUACCCCUGAACAAACAACGUAUAACGUCGACUCCCUGUUGAUGUCUGAUUUGGAUUGUACAGAUUAAUAUUUGGGUCAAAUAUUAAUCUGUACAAUCCAAAUAAAUGCAAAUAAAUGUAAAAACAGACUAUUUGAGAGCUUAGACCAUUUACUGCUCAAUUUGAAGCCACUAUGCAUCCUGUAUUCCUACUGUGAAAUGACAGCAAUUUAUAUAUAUAAAAGGUUUAACUUGUAUUCUGCAUGCUUAUCUAGCUAGCUGAUUAGGGUUCUUUGGGUACGAGGGUUCUUCAACAAGUUUCCGCACUUUUUAAACACUAUUUAUUAAGAACUGACAUCACUUUUCUACAUCGUCACCUUCCGAUGCAUUUUUCCAGUGUCGUACCAACUUUUUAAUGCCAUCAGCAAAUAAUGUUUUUGCCACUGAUGCGCCGCUGCUUUCACAUCUUCAUCACAUAAAAAUCUUCCCUUUAAAGAUUCUUUGAGCGCCCAAAAAGGUGGAAAUCAGACGGAGCUAAAUCUGGACUAUCUGUCUCUCAGACACGACCGAUUACUCCUCCUCCCACCCUCAACGCUUCUAACCAAAAUAUAAAAGUGCGGAAACUUUUUGAAGACCCCUUGUACUUAUUAUAUGUUGGGUUACUCAAAUGAUAGAAUAAUGAGCUAGCACAAAGCAGCAUGGGUCUUAGGAAGCUGGGUCACUGACUGUGUACUUCUCAGUGUACAAAUAUGCAGAGCAGAAAGUUGAUUGGUUGCUCUACAUUGCCCCUGGGUGUGAGUGAGUUAUUCAAUGGGUAAUGAGUAAUUUAUGCCCUGCAGUAGACUGGCAUCCUGUCCUGGGUGUAUUCCUGUCUCAUCUGGCAUCAGACCUACCAGCUAGUAAAAAUAAAUGACUGAAUGAAUCAGUGGAAACAAGAUUCAGAAACCAAAACCCCAGUGUUUACCUGUCAUGAAUCUGUAGCCAGGCAGCUAGUGCUACCUAUGCAGUAACAUGAGCCUUACUUAAUAAGGGAAUUAAGCAUGACUAGAUUGCACGAAAAUGGGAAAUCCUUAUAUAUACAUGUACACAUUAAGAAUCUAUUAACAAUAUGAUAGAAAUAUAAGUCUAAUUUAUGUCCAGUGGGCUAGCUAACUUGUGCUUAGGUUUGUUAGAGAGGAAAAAAGGGUUCCGUCCCAUAUUGCAUACUAAAAACAUUUUAAUUCUUAGAAUAACAUAAUUAAUAGUGUGCUAAUUUCAGUUCAAUAGCAUGUGAUUUAGGACACAGUCAAAUUACAGGCUUAUUUGGCUACCAAUAAAUACAUUAAUAAGACAACGAAAUGGAUUUCAGACACUGAACUCUGUUUGGGACAAACGUGCGAGUUGUUGUUGUUUAUUAAUAGCUAGCUUGACACUGGCCUGCUAUUAUGGGAUGGCAGUUGGGCAUGCAGUGCUUCAAAAUUGCAUUUUUUAUUUUUAUUAAUCCUUGUUUUCUCUUUCUUUAUGACGAUUUAUGUGUCUCAAUGUUUCUAAGCCAUUUAAAAAUGUUCAGGGGUACUUUGACACGACAUUAAGACACCACAGUUAUUCUCCCUGGAUCUCACGUGCCGCCCCUCGGCAGGAUAAGUGGUACUAUUUCAGCUCGUGCCACGUGGUGGAGGUCUGGCUCCAAAUCAUAAAAGUCUGGCUCGCAUCAAGAGGGCCAAGCAGCAAGAGACACGAUCUAUAAUCUUCUUCUCAAUCUCUGGUCACCACUGGCAACCACGUUACUCCCGCGUCUAUAGGACGGACGUCGAUCAGGACGAGUGUCGGUGCUCCAGUUUGCCAGCGUUUCUCAGACCGUCUUUCUCUGCACUGAUGAUGCUUUUCUACGUAAAACUGACAGCCAUAUUAAAAGUGGUAAUAUUCACUUAUUCAUGCAAUGGAUUCUGGGAAAAUGUGUAGACAGUAAAAAGAAUCUCGUGCUAAUACGAAGGUUCUUCAAGUUUCCGCACUUUUUAAACUCUAUCUCUUUAAACAAACUCCAUCACUUUCUACAUCGUCACCUUCAUAACAUUUUUCCAGCGUCAACUUUUUAAUGCCGUCAGCAAAUAAUGUUUUUGGUUGAGCGCGUAGCCACUGAUGCAGCGCUGCUUCACAUCAUCAUCACAUGAAAAUCUUCUUCCCCUUAAGGCUUCUUUGAGCAUCCAAAAAAGGUGGAAAUCAGACGGAGCUAAAUCCAGACUAUAAGCGUCUCUCAGUCUCUCAGACACGAUCGAUUACUCCUCCUCCCACCCUCACUGUUUAUAACCAAAAUAUAAAAAAGUGCGGAAAAUUUUUGAAGAUCCCUUGUAGUAAUCACUAGCUAUUAGUUUGGAUAAGUCGAGGAAUGAAUGGUUGUGUGAAGAUGUUUACCUAUUGUUACGUUACACAAAACUUUUGUUCUUUCAGCCAGAAGGUGUUUAAAAGUUAUUACGUUUUGCACUGGAGCUACAAGGCUUUAGUUGAUAAUUUUAUAAAUCCUUACUGGCAGUAAUAGUUGGCGAGCUAAAAUGAGCUAACCUUAUGUUGCUAACAGUUAAAAGCCAUUGAGUCAUUAGAUUUCAUACGUUUACAUUUUUGGCAUUUAGCAGACGCUUUUAUCCAAAGUGACUUACAGUACUGUGACAGUAUACAGUCUAAACUGUCUUGCUCAAGGGCCCAACAGUGGCAACCUUGUAGUGUUGGGACUUGAACCGGUAACCUUGUGAUUACUAGUCCAGUACCUUAAGCGCUAGGCUACAACUGCCCUACAAACAUACAUUCGUAUGUAUUUAUAAUGUUCAUGGUAAACACGAGGUAAAUGGCUAAUAUAAACUCGCCUGCUUAUUAUUCUGACUGUUAACUGUUUGAUAAGAUUAAAAGCAGUUCGUAAGUGGAAGGAUGUUGUAGGGAUUCAUUUGUACAAAAUGCUUUAUUAAGUUCAUUAAGUUCAAAUUUUAAUUAAUAUGUAUAAAUCUUAAAGACCAAAAUACUUCUUAUGAGAGAUAAAUAACCUAUGUGUGUUUGUUUGUUUGUUUGUUUUUUGGGUUAGCCAGCCAGUUAUCAACCAACCUGACAGGAUUUCUGAGAUCAUUUUGUGGGUUGUAUUCAUAAGACUCUUUGCCAGAUAAAGUUAGCUGAAUCGCUACAUUAAACUGACCUAACAGGAUUAGAAAAUUAUGCUUUGCCACAUAGCUAAUAUCAUCAAGUUCGACUACUUCAACUACUACUUAAGUUCACUACAGUAAAUCAAAGUCAGUGAGUGGAAAGUGCCACAUUUAAAAUGUUUAUUUUAAUGUAUGUUUUUAUUUUUUAAAAUCAUCUGCAGCCUUGUAGCUCUAACAGAAAUGCUAACUGUUGACAACAAACAUCUCCUGGCUGAUUUGCUUUAUUAACACUUUAAUGAAGCAUUGAACCUUGUGAUGGUCCUCAUGACAUAAAUCAGCUCUGCAGGUCUGGGUUUUACUACUGACAAAAUGUUAUUUUGUUAUUUGCACUUAUUUAAAAAAUAAUUUUAUCCAAUAAUAUUACAUCUGUAUACAUCUGAGCUAUUUAGUUUUCACACACGUGUUCCCACCUACAGUACUGCUUUUACUUUACUGUAUUUACCUACUGUUGAAGAUAAAUCUCUCUUCAUUUACACCUGAUAAAUGUCAAGCUUCAUCCCAUUUUACAAGCACCAUUCUUCUCGUUGCCCUUUGAGAAGGUGUGGUUUUAUAAAACGAGAAUGGUGUCUCAGAUUGUUAAAUUGAUGAAAUACAGUAAAAUCUGACCCUCUUUACCCACAAGAUUUCCAUUCAUAAGAUGCCUGUUAUAGCUUUAGCUCUGACAAAGACCUCGAGUACCAAACAGUGAUUUGUAAAUCUACUUUCACCUGCAUUUAAACCAAAUGUACAAAGACAAGAUGUUUAUUGUUUUACCUUAUUAUCUUCAUAGUUCUUGUAAAUACACUAGCGUAUUCUGAAAUGAAAGCCUGCAACACAUUUUAAUGAACAGCAAAAAUCAACAUGUAGUCAACAAUUUCAAGUAUUUCAGCUAAUCAUUGGUUCGAAACUCACCCGGCUGGGCUGGGUGGCUAUAGGAACAACGAUUGGCUUGUUGUUUAUACAGGGUGGGAGCAGGAGCAGGGACCUCAUAACUGAUGCAAUUACGACCUCUGCUGGCUGGUUGAUGGCGCCUGCACAGAGUCAAGGAAAAUUGUGGACAGGGUGUGGCUCUCCAUACACAAAGCUGAUCUGCAUGUGAACUCGCCUCAUGCAGGUGAAAAGAUGCAGUCGGCUACUGCACACGUGUCGGAGGGGGCGUGUGUCAGUCUCGCUCCUCAAUCAGAAGUGGGGAUCAGCAUCAGUAGGAAGGAAGCGUCAUGCAAACGGGUAAUUGGAUACUAGAUUGGGAGGAAAACUGGGAAAAAUGCAAAGAAAAAAGCCUUUUUAGUGAAUACACUAUUUGGCCAAAAUGUGGGCACCUGAUUGUAAGCUUAUUUGACAUUAAUUUACAGUUGGCCCCCUUCCUACCAAAACUGUCCACUUGUCUAAAAAAGCUUUCCACAGUAUUGGGAAUUAAACAUAAAACUUGUCCAACCAUGACUUUAUGGACCCUGCCUUAUUCUGUUACCACAAAGUUAAAAGCAGAUAAUUGACUUUAUAUAAAUAAUAUAUUUACUGUUUAACAAUGUGUGUGCCUUAAAGUUUUAAACUCAGUAAUAAGAAGAGUUGCUCACAUCACUUUGGCCUGAUAGUGUACGUAAAUGCACAUAAUCUUUCCACCGGAAAACUGCAAAUAAGUGAAUGAAACUAGACCUUCUUUACCUCUUAACAUGUUGUUUUUGUUGCUGUUAAUGGCAACUAAUUAAUGUUACGGCAUACUAACUAGGACUAGGGUACCUUUAAACAUCAAUAUUCAACAAGUAGAUGGGCUAAAAAAAACAAAACAAUUUGAUUAAAUUCUACACCGUUGUUCUAAUCAUUUUACUAUUUUACAGACAAUAGAAGAAUAUGAUGCAUGAUUGUUUGGGAGUGUUAUAUUUAAGUGUUUUUUUUAUUUAAACCCUUUAAAUUCUGUUGUUCAAACCUGCUAAAACUGUUACAUCAUGUGACCUGUGUAUUUCAUGUUAUAAGCAUUUUGCACAUGAGCAAAUACUUGGUUUCCUCAUCUAAUCUGAUGUUAAAUUUAAAUCAGUUCAUACAUAAAUAUUUAACCUAGGAUUGUUUAUAGCAAGAUAUUCUAUUCACAUUUGGACUUUUUAAUUAUUACAAAUUUUUAUGUUAUGUAUCCUUUAAACGAUUGGGGGUCAGGGGGUGCAUGUUGUGAAUUUUGGAGACCUGAAUAGAUAGAUUUUAGUUAUAAGAGUGAGCGUUGAUGGGUGUGUGCUCAAAUGUAAAAUUUACCAUUGAAAGCGUUACCACUCUCAGGCUUUAGCUUCAUCCCAGGGGUUUUUAGUUUGUACAAGCAAUAUUUAAUGGACUGUUGUUUUUCUUUUGCUGUUUAAGAAGGUUGGAGCAUGAAAUCGGUCCAUGUAGUGGCUGAGAGUAUACCUAUAUCCAGAUGUUGUAACAGCAUUAAAUUAUUAUUUAAAAGA